AUGGAUCAUCAUUGUCCCUGGACUGCAAACUGUGUGGGUCAUGGUAAUAUGCCACAUUUCAUAAGGUUUUUACUUUGGGUUGAUUAUACUACAGGUUAUACACUUGUACAUUUAUUCAAAAGAGCUGCUACUUAUUGGAAUGAUAGAAAUUUACCUGCAUAUUUGAUUGAUAAAACACCUCUGGCUGCUACUAUUAUUCUCAUACCUUUAAGUUUAUUUGUCUUGACUACUGUGGGGAUCCUAACUUUGAGAGUAUUUUAUCAUAUAAUGUUUUCAGGAAUGUCACAAAUUGAAACUUGGGAAUAUGAAAGAUUAGAAUCUCAAAUACAUACAGAAAGAACUCGUGACAAAAUAAGGCAAAAUUAUGAAACUAUAUUUGGUAAAGAACUUGAAAAUGUAUCUUCAUGGUCGUUCAGUAGAGGCAGUGCUAGUGAAGAUUCACAAAGUUCUGGUUCACCAAACUUCACAAUUGAUGAUAUUGUUUUCCCUUAUGAUUUAAAUCCUUGGAAAAAUUUAAUUCAAGCUUUUGGUUACCCUUGGAACUGGUUAUUACCUUGGGGUGGACUUUUAGGUAAUGGUCUAGAAUUUCCUAGAAGUGAAUACGCAAGUAUUCAAGAUCAAGAUUUGGGUUCUUUACCAUGGCCUCCUGAUAGUGGACAUCAAGAUAGAUUGUCAAGAGGAGAUCAAACUGAUAUUGUUCAAGAUAAUGAAACUGUUGUUACGAGAAGCUCAGGAGUUUAUCAUAGAAAUGAUUUAAAUAGAACUGAAUGGUAUAAUGAUUUUGGUGAAAAACUUUCAGAUUUUGGCGUUGAUCUAGAUGCUGAAAAAUGA